GAUAUAUAUACUAUGUAUAUUAAGGGUUAACCUCAUGUCGAAUUUCAGGUAAAAUGCAAUAGAAACUUAUUUAUAGGAGAAAAGCGUUUCGGCAAUUUGGAGACUCAUUGUGAUAAACCUUUGUGCAUUUGGCCGCAUGAUGGAUUAAGGCCGACCACAUUCUAGGCUCGUAUGGAUCACCGGCAAACCUGUCAAAUGGUGUAUUUUAGACAUUAGGGGACAAACACGAGUCAUGCAUUUAUUUUCGAAGACAAAGCGUACAGGAAAGCAUUAGAAGCCGCCCAACCGUGUAUCCAGCCAUUCAUCACCCGGCGUACGUCUGCCGAUGGACUUCCCUGGGCACUUCAAGCUCAUCUUUCAGCAGUUGAACCACCAGCGCAUUCAUGGGCAGCUUUGCGACUGCUUGGUAUCGGUUGGGGGACAGAGCUUCCACGCACACCGAUCCAUUCUGGCGGCCUGCAGCUCUCACUUCAGGGCUCUUCUGAGCUCAACAGAGGGCGACGCGGCUGGAGGGACUAAAAUGCAACACGGGGACGGUCCCUGUGUGAUGGAGCUUGAUCAGGAAGUGGUGACCCCCGAGGCCUUCUCCACCCUGCUAGAGAUGAUUUAUACCUCCACCCUUACGCCGGGCUCCUCCAACGUGAUGGAUGUGCUGCUGGCCGCCUCCCACCUGCACUUGAACACCGUGGUGAAAGCCUGCAAGCUACACCUGUCCAAGCGAGACUUCCCAAAGUCGCCCCCUACAGGUUGGAGGGCCGUACAGCAGCAGAAUGAGGCACUACUGUCCCCUCCGACAGGGGACCUAUCUGAGGCCACAUCUAUGCAGCUUGGGUCAGAUUCACCGCAGCGUCUCCAAUUCAGCCUGAGCAACUGUUUCACGGAUACUUGGCUAAGCAACAGCGGAGCCGGAAUGGAGGUGAGUCCGUCCGGUGGCACUCUUGAUCCCCACGGGGAGAUGAACGGUGGUUUCAGCCGGGAACAGACCACAGCGCCGCCCGCAGGCCACAAACGCACAUCGCCCCUGAACGAGGACAGCCCGAGCGGGAGGAAGAGGACGCUGUUGGGGAAGGACCGCGGGGAGCCCGGAGAGGAGGAGUGCCCCGCCGCCGCCGUGCUGCUACCAGAGAGCAGAGGGGAGGAGGAGCCACAGGAGGAGAAAUACGAGGCCGCAAAGUGGGAGUCGGAGAAGACGGAGCUGCCGAGCCAGUCGGACGGCGACACCAGGGGGGUGGAGGGGGGAGGGGGGAGCUCCGAAGCCGUGCUCAAAGUCCUGGUGGGAGAGGAGAAACAGGAGGAGCGCGAGGAGGAGAACAUGGUGCUCGUCGAGGUGAAGAGGGAGAACCUGAGCACCUCGUCUCCGGACCCCGCGCCCGAGCGCUCCCCGUACCCAGACGCAGAGGGCCACGACGGCCUUCCAGACGUUGCGUUGAGCGACGAGGGAACGGCUGCAGAAGGGGAUCACCGCGGUGAUCCUCACGCAGACACGCAGCCGCACCCGGGGGCGGGCGAGGCGGCGGCCUGCGAGGAGCCCAUCCUGGGGGAAGGACUGGACAGCCUGUCGGAGCUGGCCUUCUCCUGCUUCCUCAACCCCGGCAGCGAGGGUGUCAUGGGGGCUCUGGAGGUGGAGGAGAGCCUGGUCAGCCUCACCUCUGCCUCCACCAUCGCAGAGGCUUCUGGGGUCGCUGGAGAGCCAUGCGAGCCGUCUGACACGAUCCACCCAUCUCCCUCCUCCUCCUCUCUGGUCUUCCCAGUCACCACGGUGCCCCUGCAGCAGCUCCUCUCCACGCAGACCCCUGGCUUCAGCGACACCCUCCUCCUCCAGCCCAGCCAGAGCUCUCUGGGGGGAUUCUUGGGGAGUGUGAGGCCAGCUCUGGGUCUCCAGCCCGCCGUCUCGCCCACCCCCAGCGGCGGGAGAACCAGAGGAGGUGGAGGCUUCACGACGGCGUCGCCCGGGCUCCGACGCAUCGCCCCCAAAGCCCCGGCGGCGGGUUCGGAGACGGACCCGGACCCUUGCUCCUCCUCGGGGUCGGGGGACCGUCCGGCGCUCACCAGGGCGUCGGAGGAGGUGCUCUCCAAGUGCAGGAAGGCGGCGGCCGAGGACCACGUGGUGCUGGUGGAGGGGGAGAAGAAGUACGCCUGCAGCAUCUGCCUCAAGACCUUCAUGAACCUGACGGACUGCAAGAAGCACAUCCGCGUCCACACCGGGGAGAAGCCCUACCCCUGCCCCAAGUGUGGCAAGCGCUUCAGCCAGUCCUCGCACCUCUACAAACACUCCAAGAACACGUGCUUACACUGGACCGGCAAACAGCUCGGCCAAUUGGCUGACAGCCUACUGUGAGCUGGAAGGAGCCACAGCUGAUUGGUCUUUCGUAUUGAAUGAUCUGGUGCAAGUCUGGUGCAGCUGUAGGACUUGAUUGGAUGAAAGCCUAUAGGAGCCGGGCGAUAUGGACUAAGAUACAAAUGUUGAAGCACACUUGAAUUAUUGUACUAUUUACGAUUCUCCUGUUUUCUUUGUUUGAAACGACCAAAACAUGAUUUAAAUGUGAACAAUUAUUUUAAAGAAAAUCUGUUUUAUAAAUUAGACUAGAAUCCAAUCAAAUAAGGUUAAUGAAUUAGUUGCCCAUUCAAUAUUUAAAAUAAUAAAAAAAUAAUAAUCUUCUCAAUCAUUUCUUACUUAUCAGAUGAUGGUCAUGGACCAUAGUGCCAAUUGGAAAUGUUGCCAAGAUAAAAAAUAUCGAGAAAAUAUUCUCUGAGAAUAACCUUAAACUAUUGAAAUUUGCUGAAAAUAAAUGA